UUGUUAACUUAGCAGCAGCAGUUCAAUGCAAUACAUAAUAUAGAAGAAGAAAAAAAAGUAAAUCAAUUACUAUAUAUGUAUAUUGAAUAGAUUAAAAAUCGUGCAAAAGAACAGAAAUAAUACAUAUUAAAAAUGUGAGGUAGUGUUCAUGGGUUCAAUGUCCAUUUAGGAAUCGGAUGGCAGAGGGGAAGAGGCUGUUCCUGAAUCGCUGGGUGUGUGUCUUCAGGCUUCUGUACCUCCUCCCUGAUGGUAACAGUGAGAAAAGGGCAUGCCCUGGAUGCUGGAGGUCCUUAAUAAUGGAUACUGCCUUUCUGAGACCCCGCUGCUUGAAGAUAUCCUGGGUACUUUGUAGGCUGAGAUGGACUCAGUUACAAAUAUUUAUGUAAAGUGUAUGCUUGGGCCCUUCCUCAUUGCAGCAUACUUCUAAGUUUCCCACAGCACCAGGGGUGACCCAAUCCAUGUUGACAGAGAGAGCAAGACUUUCUGUACGUGGAUGGGCUGCCUUGAUCCUAAAAUGGGCCGUUCCCGAGCUAACACAGGGGAGUGGCUUUCGACGAACAGCAAAAGUUACCACAUACUGCAACAAUCAUACACGUGGUCUGUUCAGUAGCUUCCCUCGGAGCUGACCUGAUCCUGGUUGUCCCAUCAGGCUUUUGUAUCUUCUAGCCAAAAAAAGGAGGGAGAAGAGAGAACGCCUGCUGUGGGUGGGGUCUUUUCUGAGGCAGCAAUCACGCAGACAGAUUCCAUGGAGGGGAGGCUGAUUUUCAAAGUAGACCAGAGUGUUCACACUCUGCAGUUUCUUGUGGAUAUGGACAGAACAGUGGCCAAACAAAACUGUCAGGCACCUGCAGAGGAUGCUUUCAAUGGUGGGUCUGUCAUAAUGGCUGACCUCUGUUGGGACGCACUAAAUUUUCUUUCCAUUCUGAGGAAGUUGAAGUAUUGGUACAUUUUCUCGAUCAUCAUCUACAUGCGGUUGGACUCGUGCAAGUGAUGUUUCCAGCUAGGAACCUGAAACUCCCAAUUGUCUCCACCUCAGCAUCACUGACCCAUCCAUGAGCGUGUGCUCUGCCCCACUUCCUGAUGUCAAUGCCCAACUCUUUAGUCUUGCUUACAUUCGGGGAAAGGUUGUUAACAUAACACCAAGCCACGAGGCUCUCUAACUCCUUUGUGUACUCUGUCUGGUUGUUAUUGGAGAUCUGGUCAUCAGUGAAUGUAGAUGUAGUUAGAGCCGAGUCUGACUACACAUUGGAGAGUACAGGGAGCCUGCGGAUGCAGCCUUGUGGCACACCCAUGUUGAGAAUAGUCAUGGCAGAGGGGUUUGCUGCCUAACCUUACUGAUUAUAAUUAUCUAUGCUCUUCAUGAUGUUAUAAACCUCUUUAAAGUCACCCCUUAGUCUCCUUCAUUCCAGGGAAAAGUCCCAACUUAUUGAUGUUGUCCUUGUAACUGAAACUCAAUGGUCUCCGCAACAUUCAAGUGAACUUUUUCUUCACCUCAACAAGGUUAAUCACAUCCUCGCUAUAGCACGGUGACAAGAAUUGUACGCAUUAGUCCCUGUGCUGUCUCAGCUUAGUCUGUAGAGCUGUAACUUGGCCUCUGAACUCUGGUAUUCAGUGCCCCAAUGGAUGAAGGAAAGUAGGCCAUACGCCUUCCUCACCAACAUCUCUCGUGCUGUCUCCAGGUUCAUGGAAUGAAGAACUUGUAUUUGUUGGUCUCUGUUGUACAACACUCCCCAGGAUCCUGUCAUUCGCAUGCAUGUCCUAUCAUCAUUUAACUUCCCAGAAUGUACGAUGUCACACUUUUCAGAGUGAAAUUCCAUUUCCAUUCCUUUACCCACUUCCCCAGUUCACUCAGAUCAGGUUGUAACCUCAGACAACUUUUCCUCUGUGAAGUACACUGCCAAUUAUGGUGUCGUAGCUAAACGUUCUAAUCAUUAAACCUAUCCACAUCUUUAAUAUAUAGGACGACCAACUGACUAUUGACAAUAAGGAGGAACUUUAAACACAUUGAGUUUAAAACAGAAUUGAGUUACUUGACUAGGUCCAUCAGCAAAAACAACCCACGACAGUGCUCAGAAAUGGUUACAACUGGAGGUGAAGAACAACAGUAAUAAUAGCUGAAUCAGUUCCUGCAGUUCAAGCCCUUCAUCAUCAGCAGUAAAGCAGGCAGAGCAGUGAUAAGAGGCACAGAUCAAGUGGGUACCCAGAGGAUUUCCCCCAGGGCAGAAAUGGCUAAUACAAGGGCAUAAUUUUAAAGUGAUUGGAGGAAAGCAUGUGGGGGGGGGGGGAGGUGCUGUCAGUUCUGGUGUGUGUCAGGUGCUGUCUGGGUGGGUGCAUGGAACACUCUGCCGGGGUGUUGGUAGAGGCAGAUUCAUUAGGGUUAUUUAAGAAACUCAGUGACAGAAAAAAUGGUGGGUUGUUUAGGAGGCAAGGGUUAGAUCUUAGAAUGGGUUAGAAGGGCUGAAGGGCCUGCGCUAUAAAGUUAUAUGUUCUAUGUUGAUGCAAGUGGGGUUAGUGUAGAGAGCCGUGAACGGGUUGGGCCGAAGGUCUCCGUUUCUGCGCUGCGAAGAGUUGAAGAAGUGCGGAUGUUGUCGGGAAAGGCCGUAGCAGUGCCCGAGGCGACAUCUUUCAGAGGAGCCGUUUUCUCAAGCAAGCGCGGCUAUGUCAGCCAGAGCUGGAGAACUAUUCCCCAAGGUCCCAAAUAAUAUUCCCUCCCCAGUCAGCAUCACAGAUCCUUCCGCGGCCACGCUAUCGUUGCUGUGAACACCACACAAAAUGCUAGAGGAACUCAGCAUCCGUGGAGAGAAAUUCAGUGAGACCCUCUCUCGCUGCCACCCGCCAGCCUUCAUUCCUUCCGGCCCUCCCACCUUAUUCGGGCUCCUGCACCCUUCCUUUCUCAACCUGACGAAAGGUCUGGGUAUUUACUUCCCUACUGACGCUGCCUGACCUGCUGAUUUCCAGCAUCUGCAGGAACUCUCGGCAGUGGUUUUGCUGUGAAUAUACUCGGGCAACAUAAUGAUGGACCACAAAGCAGAGCCGGGCGCUGUUUAAAUGCAGUUUUUGCCCAGGAGCCCAGAGGGCAUGCGUCUGACUCCAGACGUGACGGCAUCCGGCCCUGACGGAAGUUUUCUUGCACAGAAACUCAGCAGGCCGGGCAGCAUCCAUGGGAAGGAGUGAACGGUGCGCGUUCCGGGCCGAGACCCUUCUUCCGGACCGGGGGGAAAGAGACUAGAGGCCGGAGUCGCAAGGUGGUGGGAGCAGAGCCGAGCUUCGGGACGUGCAUUUAAUCAACACCGAGGAGCAGAGAGAGACGGACAUCAAAGGUGGAGGAAUUGCGACUGGGUAUCUCAGACGGAAUAUCACAUCCGAUCUACACCCCACUCAGCUCCCCAGCACCUGAAUAUCAUCGGCCUGUGAGCGUGGAGGGAGAGACGCUGGUUUGUUUCACUUCAGACCCCAGGCGGUGAGGGGUGUUACAGGGCACCGACCGUGACACAGCUGGGGAAAGACACACUGUCUACAGUGGAGAGGGGAGAAACCACUGAUGUGAGGACAGGAGCCAAUCUGCAGAGAAGCCGAGUAACCUCUUCCAGCCUGUGAAGGAGCGGGCAGUGAUCACUCCAGUGCGGAUUGGGAAAGGAACAGCCACUGCAACGAGAGACCGUGUGUGACACGCUGGGGGAGGUGAGCUCACCUGAUCUGUGACUGGGAACGUGUUCACCACAUCCUUGUUUUUGCACCAGUGAAACAUUCAUUCUUUUGACUGAGAUAAACUUGAUCCAUUUCCCUGAGAAUAUUCAAAUCUUCUUUCCCUUGUUCCCAUUUGAGGAAAGAAAUUAGUUCGGUCAUCUUUUUACUGACUGACCACUGAGGUCCUGGGGAAACAUUGACACCCUGCCUCAGGUGCAAGUAGGGACUCGAUCAGUCAUCUCCGGGUAGAGGCUGUUCAGCUGCUCUGCACGCAGGAGAGGAUUCACUCCCUGUUCCGCUUCGUAACACACCAUUGAUUUCACACCGGGGAGAGGCCGUUCACCGGCUGUCUCCGUGGGAGGGGAGUUCAUCUGGUCGUCUGACCCCCUGACACAUCUUGACGACAGCGCAAGCGAGCCGGCGACCGGAUGGACCGCCAGCAGAUUCCCGCCGGUGAGAGGCCGUUCACCUGCCCUGACUGCGGGAAGGGUUUCAAGAAUUCCUUCAGCCUGCAGAGACACCAGCGAAUCCACGCCUGGAAGCGGCCGUUCACCUGCUCCGAGUGCGGGAAGGGGUUCACCUGGUCAUUUGAGCUGCUGACGCAUCAGCGAAUUCACUCGGGGGAGAGGCCCUUCACCUGCUCCGAGUGCGGGAUGGGCUUCACUCUGUCGUCUGGCCUUGUGACCCACCAGCGAAUCCACACCAGGGAGAGGCCCUUUACCUGUUCGGAUUGCGGGAAGGGAUUCAUUCGGUCGUACGAGCUUCUGGUGCACCAGCGAAUCCACACUGGGGAGAGGCCCUUCACCUGCUCUGAGUGCGGGGAGGGAUUCACUCGCUCAUCUAUCCUGCUGAUGCACCAGCGAACCCACACCGGGGAGAGGCCCUUCACCUGCUCUGAGUGUGGGAAGGGAUUCACUUUAUCGUCCGGCCUUGUGAGGCACCAACGAAUUCACACCACGGAGAGGCUGUUCACCUGCCCCGACUGUGGGAAGGGAUUCACUUUGUCGUCCGGCCUCGUGCGGCACCAACGAAUUCACACCAUGGAGAGGCCCUUCGCCUGCUCCGAGUGCGGGAAGGGGUUCACCCGGUCGUUCGAGCUUCUCGUGCACCAACGAAUUCACACCGGGGAGAGGCCGUUCACCUGCUCGGAGUGCGGGGAAGGAUUCACACGGUCAUCGGUCCUUGUGACGCACAAGCGAAUUCACACCGGGGAGAAGCCGUUCAUCUGCUCUGAGUGCGGGAAGGGGUUCACUCUGUCCUCUAGCCUCGUGAGGCAUCGGCGAAUUCACACCGGGGAGAAGCCAUUCACCUGCCCUAAGUGUGGGAAGGGGUUUACUCGAUCAGCGGGGCUUUUGGCUCACCAGAGAAUUCACACCGGGGAGAGGCCGUUCACCUGCUCCGAGUGCGGGAAGGGAUUCACUCGGUCGUCUGUCCUUCUGACGCACCAGCGAAUUCACACCGGGGAGAGGCUGUUCACCUGCUCCGAGUGCGGGAAGGGGUUCACUCAGUCAACGGACCUCCUGAGGCACCAGCAGAUUCACACAAGGGAGAGGCCGUUCACCUGCCCUGAAUGUGGGAAGAGCUUCGCUCGAUCGUCUCACCUGUCGCAACACCGACAAACUCACACAAAAGGGAAACCGUUCACCUGCUCUCACUGCGGGAAGAUCUUCAAGCAUUUCUUCAGCCUGCAGAGACACCAGCGAGUGCACACCGGGGAGUUGUUCGUGUGUUCCGAGUGCGGGAAGGGGUUCACUCGGUCGUACGAGCUUCUGAUGCACCAGCAGAUUCACACCGGGGAGCGGGCCUUCACCUGCUCCGAGUGCGGGAAGGGGUUCACGCGGUCGUCCGAGCUUCUGACGCACCAGCGAACGCACACCGGGGAGAGGCCGUUUGUCUGCUCCGAGUGCGGGAAGGGGUUCACGCGGUCGUCCGAGCUACUGGUGCACCAACAGAUUCACACCGGGGAGAGCCCCUUUGCCUGCUCCAAGUGUGGGAAAGGCUUCACUCGGUCAACCGAGCUACUGACACACCAACGGAUUCACAACAGGGAGCGGCCGUUCACCUGCUCCGAGUGCGGGAAGGGAUUCACGCGCUCGUCUGAGCUACUGGCGCACCAGCGAAUUCACACCGGGGAGAGCCCCUUUGCCUGCUCUGAAUGCAGGAAAGGGUUCACUCGUUCAUCCGAGCUACUGGCGCACCAACGAAUUCACACCGGUGAGAGGCCUUUCACCUGCUCAGAGUGCGGGAAGGGAUUCACUCGAUCGUCUGUCCUUCUGACGCACCAAAGAAUUCACACCGGGGAGAGGCCCUUCAAAUGCUCCGAGUGUGGGAAAGGAUUCACUCUGUCGUCCGGCCUUGUGAGACACCAGCGAAUUCACACCGGGGAGAGGCCCUUCGCUUGCUCUGAGUGCGGGAAGGGGUUCACUCGGUUAUCUGUUCUUUUGAUGCACCACCGAGUCCACACCGGGGAGAUGCCUUUCACCUGCUACGAGUGUGGGAAGGGGUUCACUCGCUCAUCUGGCCUUCUGGCACACCAGCGAAUUCACACCGGGGAGAGGCCCUUCGCCUGCUCAGAGUGCGGGAAGGGGUUCAUUCGGUCAUCCCAGCUUCUGGUGCAUCAACGAGUCCACACCGGGGAGAGGCCAUACACCUGCAGCGAGUGCGGGAAGGGGUUCACUCGGUCAUCUGUCCUUUUGACGCACCAAAGAAUUCACACCGGUGAGAGACCGUUCACCUGCUCCGAGUGUGGGAAAGGAUUCACUCUGUCGUAUGGCCUUCUGAGACACCAACGAAUUCACACCGGGGAGAGGCCAUUCACCUGCCCUGAAUGUGGGAAGAACUUUGCACUGUCAUCUCACCUGUGGUCACACCGAAGAACACACACUAAAGGAAAAGUUUAAAUGUGCGGUACAUACCUGGGGCAUUUAAACACGGCAGCUGCUGAGCCAGUGGUGAGUUCACAAGUGACUGCAGGAACUGAUUCUACGGUUAUUGCUGCUGUUGAUCACAUCCAGGUUUGGACCCUGGUCACUGGACACAUUUGGGUUGUUUCCCCUGGAACUGCAGGUACAUUUGUAUUCUGCAUCGAUUAUAAAUAAAUCUGCUCUCUGUGAACGACCUGGGCCUGAGGACUUUGAGUAGAUGCGGACAAGCUGAAGGAACAGACCAGAAUUCAGCAGGGUCAAAUAUGGGAAAAUGGGAGGUCAUCAACCUCAGUGGGAAACUCGCGAUGUUGAAGAGAUUACAGGAUGUCGGACAGCAGGAAAGUGGCGUCUGGUCACCGUCACUGAUGGUCACUGAUGACCUUGCUGACUUGUGGGGCAGUUGGAAGGGCUGAAUGGCCUUUGCCUGCGGUAAGAUGGUCACACAAAGCAGGGAGCAUAACCCACUGAGUGUCCAGCGGCAUCCGUGGAGGCUGAAGUCGCGAUUGGACGCAGGGCCUUGAAAACAGAACAUACACUUUCAGCUUUAUCGUCCACAGACUCUACUCAACCCGCUGAGCUCUUACAGCGUCCCGUUUUGUGGUUCCGGGGUCCAACAUCCGGCUCGCUUGUGAAAAUGGGCCAAGAGGUCACAGGCGAAGCUUAAGUCAGACGCAAAGUGUUGCACUUUCAGAAGGUAAACCGGGGCAGGACUCGUACAGUGAAUGGCAGUGCCCUGGGGAGCAUUGGAGAACAGAGUGACCUACGCAUACAGAUGUCCUGGACCGAGGGUGGACGGAGUGCUGAAGGCAUUUGGCUCACUUAUCCUCAUUGGUCAGGAGAUUGUACGCAAGACUCAGCGCGUCGUGUCGCAACUCAGAGAUGUCGGUGAGACCACACUUGGAGUGUAUGUACAGUUCUGGUCUGUAGAAAGGAUAACUUUAAGAAUACAAAGGUGGAAAUUACAUUCACAAGGAAGAUACCAGGAUUGGGAGGCUUGAGAUAUAACCAGAUGCAGGAUAGAACAUACAACACUAUAACAUAGUUGGCUCGCAAUGUUGUGCCAACCUUUUAACUCACUCUAAAGUCAAUCUAAUCCUUCUCUCCUACAGAGAUCCAUGUGCCUAUCGAGGAGUUUCUUAAAUGCCCCUAAUGUAUCUGCAUCUUCCAUCAGUGGCAAGGAGAUCCACAUACCCACCACUCUCUGUGUAGUUAAAAAAACCACUUUCCUCUGCUGUUUUUACCCCUGGUUGAGACAUCAAAUAUGAAAGUUUAUAAAAUGAUGAAAGGCAUAGUGUAAAACUGGAUGACAGUGGUUUAAGGUGUGUGCGAGAGAGAUUUAAGUAGCUCUUUAGGGGCAAGAUUUUCACUUGGAAGGAGGUGGGUGUCUGGUACACAAUGUAGAAGAAGUCGUCGAGCAAGUACAGUUACAGUGUCCGGAAGUCAUUUUGGACAGGUUCAUGGACAGGAAAGGUUUGGAAGGAUAUAUGGGCCAAACAUUGGUAAAUUGGAUGAGUUGGAUUCGGCAACUCAGGCUGAAGGACCUGUUUCUGUGCCUCGAUCUGCAGACGCUGUCUGACAUCUUUUGCGUCUUCACAAUCCAUUGGGAUGGGCACUGAGGCGGGAUGGGGCUUCACCCUGAUAUCACUGUGGAGUGCACACCCUCACCAACCUCAGCUUGACCUUUCACGAUAGUCACACACCAGCUGUCCCCCUCAGGGCUCAGGGUGGGUUUGUUUUACCUCCCUGACUGCCCCCUGCCGUGACCUUCCCCAUCUCCCCGUGGGGGGGUAGGGACACUCACAGAUCAGGACGACUGGGACAUAAACCCAAGCUUCCUCUUCAUCUCACUGUAGCAGGGUGGGGACCUGCACAGAUCAGGCUCAUAAACAUCUAAGCAACACACACAGAAUGCUGGAGGAACUCAACAGGCCAGGCAGCAUCUAUGGAAUAGAGUAAACCAUCAACGUUUCAGGCCGAGACCCUUCAUCAGGACUGGAAAAGUAGAUGAGGUCAGAAUAAGAAGUUGGGGGGGAGAGGAAGAAGCAUGAAGAUAGGUGAAGUAAAGAGCUGGGAAGUUAAUUGGUGAAAGAGAUAAAGGGCUGGAGAAGGUGGAAUUGGAGAGGAAAGAAAGGGAAGGGGGAAGAACACCAGAGGGAGGAGAUAAGGUGACAGAGAGUAACAGAAAUGAGGAAUGGGAAGGGGGGCGCAGUUACCGGAAGAUCAAGAAAUUGAUUUUCAAGCUGUCAGGUUGGAAGCUAUCUGAACGGAAUAUAAGGUGUUGCUCCUCCAAACUGAGUGUGGCCUCAUCAUGACAUUACAGGAGGCCAUGGACUGACAUGUUGGAAUAUUUAUAUCAAUAUUCUAUAUAUCUGUUCCUUCACCUGCUGAUAUUUCGGCGGACUGUAGUAUAACUUAAUCAUGGUGAUGGCACUUGUUUUUUAUACCUGAGUGUCCUUGCUGAAUGAGCCCUCUCUGCCCUAACAGUCUCCAUAAUCAUGCCUAGUGGUCCAUAGUUCCCAGGGUUCUCUUUCCAGCCGUCGUAAAUAAAGGUACAGCGUUAGUCUUUCUGCACCUGACCUGUCAGUACUGAUGCUAAUAUCUCAGUCAAGGAGCUCAUGAAUUUGUUUCCAGCUUCCUUCACUGUUCUUGGAUGUACCUGACCGUGCCCUGGAGAUUUAUCUACCUCGACAAAUUUUGUGACAUCCAGCACCUCCUCUGCUGUAAUGCAAACUAUCCCCAAGAUACCCCCGUUAACCCUCCCUGGUCCUGAAGUCUUUAUGACAUUCCCAGGGUCAGGUUUAUAUCAGUGGCAUAUGUCGGGAAAUUUGUUAACUUUGAGGCAGCAGUAUAAUGAUAUAGAAAAAGAAAACGGUGAAUUACAGUAAAUAGAUAUAAAAUAGUUAAAUCAGUGGUGCAAAAAUAUGGAAUUAAAAAAGCAGUGAGGUAGUGUUCAUGGGUUUAAUGUCAAUUCAGAAAUCAGGUGGCAGAGGGGAAGAAGCUGUUUCUGAACUGCUGAGUGUGUGCCUUCAGGCUUCUGUACCUCCUACCUGAUGGUAACACUGAGAAGGGGGCAGGUGCUGGGUGGUGGAUGUCCUUAAUGAUGGAUACCACCUUUCUGAAGCCCUACUCCUUGAUGAUGACCUGGAUUACUGUGGGGGCUAGUGGCCACGAUGGAGCUGACUACGUUUACAACUCCCUGCAACUUACUUUGAUCCUUUGCAGGAGCCCCUCUCCCCUUAUCAGACAGUGAUGCGGCCCGUUAGAAUUCUCUCCACAGUACAUCUGUAAAAAUUUGCAAAUAAUUUCAGUGACAUACCAAAUCUUCUCAAACUCCUAAUGAAAUGUAGCUGCUGUCUUGCCUUCUUUAUAGCUGCAUCAAUAUGUUGAGUUCUGGUUAGGUCCACAGAGAUAUUGACACUUGGGGACUUGAAAUUGCAUACCCUUUCCACUUCUGAUCCCAAUGUGAGGACUGGUGUGUGUUCCCUUGUCUUACCCAAUGGUAAAAGCAGUGGAGAAAUAUUCAGUAAGGAACUUGCUCCUAUCCUGAGGCUCCACACAAAGAUGUCCUCUUUGGUCUUGUAGGGGCUCUAUUCUUGAAGGGGCUUAGCCUGAAACGUUGACUGUUUACUCCUCUCCAUAGAUGCUGCCUGAUCUGCUGGAUUCCUACAGCAUUUUGUGUAUGUCUCUCUCUACUUGUUUUUUCUUCAUUGAGUUUUCCAUAAUUUUCUCUGCCAUGUCCACUUUUUGUCCUUCUGCUUUGAAUUGUGUAUCCACCACUACAUCUCUUAUGGUCCUCAUGGGUUUCACUUGAUCCCAGUUGUCCGUACCUAACCCAUGCCUCCAUCCUCUGACUAGAAUCUCAUUGCCCCCAUCAUUCAUAGCAACACACACACACACACACACACACACACACACACACACACACACACACACACACACACACA